AUGGACGACUACGCCGGUCUGUCGGACUCGGAGCUGGUCGCCGUGCUGCGCCAGUACAACAUUCCACACGGACCCGUCGUGGGCUCCACUCGCAAGCUCUACGAGAAGAAGAUCUACGAAUACGAGACCCAGAGACGGAGACUGUCACCCCCGAGUUCGUUCUAUCGGUUCUCCGAUUUGGAUUCAACGUCUGCGGAGUCGGAUAAGUACGAUCUGCCCAAGAAAGAGGACGCCUUGCUAUACCAGAGCAGGGGCUACAAUGACGAUUACUACGAGGAGAGCUACCUGAGCACCAGGACCUACGGGGAGCCCGUGGCUUCGUCCUCGGACACCGACACCUUCCACCGGCAGGUGCCCGAAGACCAUCUCUUCACUUCCUCCUCCGAGGAGGGCAAGGCUCGGGAACGCCCCCUGUAUGGCCGCGACAGCACCUACCAGAGCAUCGCGCACUACCGGCCGCUCUCCAGGGACACCCUGGGCCUGCCCUGUUACCCCAGCACCUCGUCUACCUCCUCCGACUCCUCGGCCCCGUACUCCCGGCCCUCUUGGCUCGCCCGCCGGGCCAUUCGGCCAGAAAAGCCGGCCCCGGGGGCAGGCGUGGGGGACCACCGCCAGGUCCCGCUCUGGGGCCAGCUGCUCCUGUUUCUGGUCUUUGCCGCCUUCCUGGUCUUCGUUUACUACUCGAUGCAGGCGGAGGAGGGCAACCCUUUCUAG